GCGCGGACGGCGGUUGUGGCGGCGGGGAAUGGAGGCUGGCGCCAGCGCGAGGCGGCCCCACUGCAGCUCAGAAGGUGCACCGUGAGGCUCGCGGUUCCUGGAGCCCGGGUCCUCCCGGGAGGGAGGUCGUGGUGGUGGUGGUGGAGGAGGAGGAGCUGCUGCUGCUGCUACUACUAUUGCUGCACUGUGCGCCUGUCAGUGUUUCUCUCCCUCCUGAGGAACCAUGAGACAGGACGUGGCAGCAGAAAACCAUCUCCUACUCCCCAGCUACUGCAGCUGCUUCCGCUGCACAGACACCGGGAUCGUCUGAGGGAGGAAGGAAAUAGAAACAUCCUUUUAUUUUCCCUCUAUCGUUUUGUCUCACAACCGCUCGGCCUUACGGGAACAUCCUCAUCCCCCUUCUUUCUCUCCUCCCCCUUCUUUCUCUCCUCCCCCCUCCCCCCUUAAUGGGGUAACCGCUGCAGCAGCAGUCGGCCAACAUUUUUAACCCUCUGCCGCUCGCUUCUGUUCGCCCCCGGUCUGCGGUGCGACCUCCCUCCCCCUAAAUAUAUGAAACUAUCUAUCAGAAGGAACCCAAAUUUUACGAUUUGCGAGGUCCUUUUCUUUUCCCCUCUAUUGCACCAAUUCCUGAAGAGAGAGAAAAUGUUUGCAGUUUGUUUUAUUUUGGAUGAAUAGAUCGUUGGCGUGUUUUAUUUUAAUUUUUUUUGUGGUUGGCCGGUAGACUGGAUUUUCCUCUCACCCCCCGUGACCCGGACAUGUGGAACUCUGGCAGUGGCCCCCUGCAGAUACUGAGCAAAGUGUUGAAGAAGUUGAGCAAAGGUCAGCACUGGGCGCUGAGCCGGGGUUUGCAGAGACCCUGCCCCAACUCGCUGCUGCUGGCCCAGGGGGAGGCGGCUUCCUACGAGGAGAGGGUGCAGGUGAAGCCCGAGCUGAGCCUGCAAGAGCAGGGGCUGGAGAGCGAGCUGCCCAUCCUGGGGGACCCCAAGGGCACCUGCCUGAAUGGCUGCUGCCUGAAGAGCUUCCUGCUGGUCUGCCUGCUGACCCUGGUCUGCUUCUCCUCGCUGGCGCUGCUGCGGCGCUACCUGAAGGAACUGCUGCUGUGGGUGGAGGGCUUGGACAGCUUGGUCGGGGCAUUGCUCUUCGUCGUGGGCUUCAUCGCCGUCUCUUUCCCCUGCAGCUGGGGCUACAUCGUGCUGAACGUGGCCGCCGGCUACCUGUACGGCUUCGUGCUGGGCUUGGGACUGGUGGUGGUCGGGGUGCUGAUCGGGACUUUCAUCGCUCACCUGCUCUGCAAGCGGCUGCUGGCGGCGUGGGUCACCGCCAAAGUCCGGGCCAACGAGCAGCUCAGCGCCGUGGUCCGGGUGGUGGAAGGAGGCAGCGGAUUGAAGGUGGUGGCUUUGGCCAGACUCACCCCCAUUCCCUUCGGGCUGCAGAAUGCAGUGUUUUCGAUUACAGAUUUAUCUCUCCCAAAUUACCUUGUUGCAUCUUCAGUUGGAUUGCUCCCCACUCAACUUUUGAAUUCUUACCUGGGAACGACACUACGUACAAUGGAAGAUGUUAUUGCUGAGCAGAGUGUCAGUGGAUAUUUAAUAUUCAGUUUGCAGAUCUGUAUCAGCGUUGGAUUGAUGUUUUAUGUUGUGCAUAGGGCUCAUACUGAAUUGGAUGCUGCCAUUUUGGCUUGCCAGAUGGAGUUGAAGUCUUCACUUAUUAAAGGUGGCCAUCAAAAUGGACCUAACAUGACAUACUGCAAUAAGAGGACUUCAGCCAUGACAAGUGGGGGAAUAAAUGUUGUAUGAAUGGAAAUGAUUAUAUUCAGGGAACUAUAAGUCCAUCGAUCAGUGCUAACUUUAGGUCAGUAGAGGUUAAAGACUAAUUGUUGGGCAAUACUACAGUAUAGCUUUGCACAACUGCCUUAAUAGUGAACAUGUUAAUGGUACAGUAUGGCAUAUUGGUGGAGUUUUGUUGCUCAUUAUAAAGAUAGCAAGAUGGAAGGACAACUUUAAAAAAAACAUUAAUAAGGUAUUGCUAACUGAAUUGCACAAGCUAUAUGGUUGAACCAUGUCUAUCUGUUGUGGAAGAACACAUUCUAUAACAUUUGCUUUAAUCAAACAGUCAAUGUUUGAUUGUCCUCCCCUCCACUAUUUACCUUGUAAAUUGGUUACAAUCAAAAUUGUUCAGAGUUAUAUAUAUUUGGUGGCAACUGUAUUUUCAAAUCUAUUACAUGUGGCAUUAUGGUAUAUCAAGUAAGAUAAUAUAUUUGUUUAUGUGAAGGAACUGCUUGAUAUCAAAUGAGACAAAAAAGACCAAAGGGGCUCCCAGCUUUGGAGAAUGAAAUGCAAUGUCACAAUCAUGGCUUAGAACAAAGGAAUUUUACAUGUUAUCAAACAAUCCAAGUCCCUUUUCAAAUCUGGUUAAAGCCAUCUUUAAAACAUUAAAUGUUAGUAGUUUUGCUGAUCAUAAGCAUGAAGUUUAUAUUAGUGUUUUCAUUGUAACCUAAUUAAAAAAAGAGUAGCGCACAUAGCCCUGUGGCUGCCUGUAAUAUGCACUUUAUAUAUUUUGGUCCUAAUCAAAAUGAUACCAUUUGUAGAAUAAUGGAUGAUGACAGAGCAACUCAAAAAUAAAUGUUCAUUGUCUUAGUCUAUUGAGGCUGCUUGCUAUAAUUGAAAUUAGGUAAAAUCUCGGACAUUUCCUAAAUAAAUUAUUUUGCACAUUAGAAUUAGCAUAAAUACAUUUUAUCGUCUUAAUAGUGAUCAAUUUGGACCAGGUGACUUUGGAAACAUUCAAAAUGUGUGAAUUUGCUCCUUCUUGUGAAAGCAGCAUAAAUAUAUAAGUAUCACAGUGUGAUAUAUAUUAUCUUAGUCUAUUCCA